AAUCUUACUCUUUAUCAACUCGAAAAACUAGGCUCAUCCGGUAGAGCAGAAAUGGCACUCCGGACUUCCUCGCUCAAACUCCCUCUUACCCCACAGCUCUUGAAGACCACCCAAUCAAAUCCACCCUUAAAAUUCAAACAGCCACCUGUCUGCAGCUCAACUCUCUUCUUCAGCAGCAAAAUCAGUACAGCUAACUCAAAAAGAAGAAACGUAGUUUUUGUAACGAGGGCAGUGGAAGAGAGCCAGGAGAGCGUGGAAUCUCAGGUCGCAAAAGAAGAACAGUCGUUGGAUGAGUCGAGUGUCGAGGUGAGCGAUUUAGGGGCGGAGAUCCAGAAAGCAAUGAAGAAAGAGGAGAAAGAAGGAAAUUUGUUGGUCGGAGUGGCGGAAGAGAUCCAAGAGAUAGAGUGGCCUGCAUUUGGGAAAGUGUUGGGGACCACAGGUGUAGUGAUUGGGGUGAUUGCCGGGUCUAGCCUCGUUUUGCUCACUGUCAAUGCCGUUUUGGCCGAGUUGUCCGAUAAGGUAUUUGCUGGCAGAGGCUUUCAAGAUUUCUUCAGCUAAGAGUGAACAGAAGAGAGGCUGUAGGCUCCCAUUUUCUUUAUGCAAUUGUCGAUUGGACUAAGAAAUAUAAGCUUUGUAUUCAUGAAACAGCUUUGAACAAAUCACUGUUUUUUCAUCUA